AUGGGCGGUAGUGCAUUCAGCGCGUCCAAAUACGGGGGAAAACUCCCAACUCCACGCAUACCAAUGCAUAUCUAUCCAAGGCUUCUCAUCCAGUUUCAACAAACCCUCUCACAAUUCUAUAAAAAUGUUUCCUCUCCGCUACCUGCACCCGAAAAGACUGAUUACGGGGACAUUGACAUUCUGGUUGAGGAGCCACUUCCACAAACUCCAGUAUCCGCCACCGAGCUCAAGCAUGCCCUGAAUGCAACUGAGUUCAUCAAGGCAUCUCCAACUUCCAAUUUUGCUAUUUGGGAUGACGAACUGAAAGCCUACGUUCAACUCGACGUGCACGUCUGCAGGCGCGGUGGUCUCGAGUGGGAAUGCUUCCACCAUGCCUAUGGAGACCUCUGGAAUAUCCUUGGCGUUAUGGGAAAGCCUUUCGGCGUCUUAGUCAACAACGCUAGUCUCCACAUAUCUGCACAAGGCAUCGAGGCGCGUAAUCAUAAGGAUGGAAUGAUAUUUCUUACAGCACGCCCUAGGCAGGCAAUCGAGUUUUUCGGAUGCGAUUGGGCGAAAUACGAGAAGGGCUUUAAGACGGUGGAUGAGCUUUUCAGCUUCUGCGCGGAGUCAAGGCUUCUAUACCACCUAGAGACAAACUGGAAGCUUAUUGGCCGAAGGGACGAGGGGAGGUUGAAGGAGAAGAGGCCAUUAUGUCGGAGGUGGUUUACGGAGUACCUUCCCUCCUAUAAGCCUAGGAAUGAGAUGAAGCCGGUUAUCACACGAGAGGAACUACUAGAGGAUGCGCUUAUAAAGUUUGAUAAGCGGGGUGCAUACAAGGCACUUAUUGACAAGUGGGGCAAGGAGGAAUUUGAUAAGAUGUGGACCCGGAUCGCGGAGGCUUUACCAGUGAAGGGUACAGAAUUGGCCCUGGUACUGAGACCCUUACAGACUAGAUUGAAGAAAGAAGAUACGGCUUUAGGUGUUCAAGGUUUGUGUGGAGGCGCAAAAUUACGCAGAGAAAUAAAAUGGACUGCUAUUGCCCUGAGUGAGUGGCAGACUUUAUUACAAAAGGGGCUGACUGAAAGCACAAAACUCCGGGAAGAAGGUCUAAACAAACGGCAAGGGAAAAAAUAG